GUCUUUUAUUGUCCACUUUCGAUAUCUCAUCAGCCAGAACCGAAACAAACAAAAACUAUAAGUCCCACACUCAAGUCAAUUAAAGCACUCCAAUGGUCCAACAAGUUUCGUCGUCUACCUUGAAACUCAACCUUUGGAUGAUUGAUAUACAAAAAUACAGGAUCUAAAAACACCUACCGAACUUGAAUAGUAGGUGUGUUGUGUUUGAGUGUCUCUCUAGGUAAACAUGGUAGCAGAAGAAGCAAGAAAAGAAGCCAUGGCUAAAUCAGUAUCUGGCGGGAAGAUUACUUAUUUUGUGGUGGCUUCAUGUGUCAUGGCCGCCAUGGGCGGUGUCAUCUUCGGCUACGACAUCGGGGUUUCAGGUGGAGUGAUGUCAAUGGGGCCAUUUCUAAAAAGAUUUUUCCCAAAAGUGUAUAAGCUCCAAGAAGAAGAUAGAAGAAGAAGAGGCAAUAGCAAUAACCACUACUGCCUUUUCAAUAGCCAACUUCUUACAUCCUUCACAUCUUCUCUAUACGUUUCCGGUCUCAUCGCUACUCUGUUAGCUUCGUCCGUGACUCGUUCAUGGGGUCGCAAGCCCUCUAUAUUUCUUGGCGGUGUGUCCUUUCUCGCCGGCGCUGCUCUUGGUGGCUCUGCUCAAAACGUUGCUAUGCUCAUUAUUGCGCGUCUCUUGCUCGGCGUAGGAGUUGGAUUCGCUAACCAGUCGGUUCCUCUGUAUCUCUCCGAGAUGGCGCCGGCAAAAUACAGAGGAGCAAUCAGCAAUGGUUUCCAGCUCUGUAUCGGAAUUGGAUUUCUAUCUGCAAAUGUAAUAAACUACGAAACCCAAAAUAUCAAACAUGGUUGGAGAAUCUCUUUAGCCACAGCUGCAAUACCUGCUUCAAUCCUCACUUUAGGAUCACUGUUUCUCCCGGAAACGCCGAAUAGUAUCAUCCAGACCACCGGAGAUGUUCACAAGACCGAGCUUAUGCUUCGCCGUGUCCGUGGAACUAACGACGUUCAAGAUGAGCUUACUGAUCUCGUUGAAGCGAGUUCUGGUUCUGAUACAGAUUCAAACGCGUUUUUGAAACUGCUUCAAAGAAAAUAUAGGCCUGAGUUAGUGAUGGCUUUGGUGAUACCUUUCUUUCAGCAAGUUACUGGAAUCAAUGUUGUUGCUUUCUACGCACCGGUUUUGUAUAGAACCGUUGGGUUUGGAGAGAGUGGUUCGUUGAUGUCGACCCUCGUGACUGGAAUCGUGGGAACCUCGUCGACGUUGUUGUCGAUGCUUGUCGUUGACAGAAUCGGUAGAAAGACUCUGUUUUUGAUUGGAGGGUUACAGAUGCUCGUGUCGCAAGUUACCAUUGGUGUGAUCGUUAUGGUGGCUGAUGUUCACGACGGUGUGAUCAAGGAAGGGUAUGGUUACGCGGUUGUGGUUUUGGUGUGUGUCUACGUGGCCGGGUUUGGUUGGUCUUGGGGUCCAUUAGGAUGGCUUGUACCGAGUGAGAUUUUUCCGUUGGAGAUAAGAUCGGUGGCGCAGAGUGUAACUGUGGCAGUGAGUUUUGUGUUUACUUUUGCGGUGGCUCAAAGUGCACCACCGAUGUUGUGUAAGUUUCGAGCUGGGAUUUUCUUCUUUUAUGGAGGGUGGUUGGUGGUAAUGACGGUAGCGGUGCAGCUGUUUUUGCCGGAGACUAAGAAUGUUCCAAUCGAGAAGGUGGUUGGACUUUGGGAGAAGCAUUGGUUUUGGAGGAGAAUGACGAGCAAGCGUGAUAUCCAAGAAACCACCAUUCUUAGCCAUUGAAAACAAUAAAAAAACCAGCACCUCAUGAUUUGAGAUGAGACGCAUCUUUUGUUGCCAAAAAAAUUAUUGCAUAUAAGUUUUAAAAUUUUCAAAGUUCAAACUAAAUUAAGGAUAUUUUUUUACUAUUCACGUAACAAUAAUCAAAUCACAUGAUCCAAGAUUCGAUUAUUGUUCAAAUUAUUUUGUAAAUUUAGCCAUAGUUUCAUUUUUUCACUUAUAUGUUUGUGAAAUAACGAUUUGUGUUUGGAAUUAAAAUUAGGGGUGUUUUAUAAAUAUAGUAAAACUAGGAUAGUGAUAAUGUAAUAUAUUGAACGUUAAAGGACAAAGAUGGG